UCUGGGACGCACAAGACAGGCAGUCGCUGGACCUGGACCAAGGGACUCACUAGGACACAGACACUGCUUGCUCCAGAAGAGGAAGAACCUCACCUCUCUGCGUCCUAAAUACAAAUGUACCCUCCUUGGAAGCGACCCAUGCCCCUGUCUAUGCAUGAGGACCCCAUGUACACCACAGCCUCUUUUGGCAAUGAUAUGUUCAACAUCACCACGCACAUCCUCGAGUCUGCUCUUAACAAGAGCCUUCCAGAGAAUAGCGACUGCCCAGACAUCGAGUGGUUGAGCUGGCUCAAUGCCAUCCAGGCUCCCUUCCUCUGGGUCCUCUUCCUGUUGGCUGCACUGGAGAACAUCUUUGUCCUCAGUGUGUUCUGCCUGCACAAGAAUAACUGCACCGUGGCAGAGAUCUACCUGGGCAAUCUGGCAGCUGCGGAUCUCAUUCUGGCCUGUGGAUUGCCCUUCUGGGCCAUCACCAUCGCCAAUAACUUCGACUGGCUGUUUGGAGAGGUGCUGUGCCGCGUGGUAAACACAUUGAUCUACAUGAACCUCUAUAGCAGCAUCUGCUUCCUGAUGCUUGUGAGUGUUGACCGCUACCUGGCACUAGUGAAGACCAUGUCCAUGGGCCGGAUGCGCGGGGUGCGCUGGGCCAAAAUCUACAGCCUGGUGAUCUGGGGCUGUACGCUGCUUCUGAGUUCACCCAUGCUGAUGUUCAGGACCCUGAUGAAGUACAACGAAGAAGGCUUCAACGUCACUGCCUGUGCCAUCAUCUACCCAUCCCCCUCCUGGGAGGUAUUCACCAAUGUGCUGUUGAACCUGGUGGGCUUCCUGCUGCCUCUAACCAUCAUCACCUUCUGCACGGUGAAGAUCAUGCAGGUGCUGAGGAACAAUGAGAUGAAGAAAUUCAAGGAGAUCCAGACAGAAAGGAAGGCCACUGUGCUGGUGCUGGCCGUCCUGGGGCUCUUUGUGAUAUGUUGGGUUCCCUUCCAGAUCAGUACCUUCCUGGACACACUGAUUCGUCUCAACGUGCUGUCUGGAUGCUGGGUCAGGCAGGCCGUGGACGUCAUUACACAGAUCAGUUCCUACAUGGCCUACAGCAACAGCUGCCUCAACCCUCUGGUGUACGUGAUUGUGGGCAAGCGCUUCCGGAAGAAGUCCCGGGAGGUGUACCAAGCGAUGUGCCGGAAGGGAGGCUGCAUGGGAGAAUCAGUCCAGAUGGAGAACUCCCUGGGGACUCUGAAGACUUCUAUCUCAGUGGAACGCCAGAUCCACAAGCUGCAGGAUUGGUCAGGGAACAGACAGUGAACAGAGGCCACCAGGAAGGACUACUUCGAAGACGUAUGAAGACUGGUGGGUCCUGGACAGCCUGGGUGCGGGAAGGAGCCUGAAGCAUCCUAGGCAGCCCCAGGGAAACAGGCAGGUGAUUCCAGACCUGUCUCAUGGCAUGGGCGUGCUCUGAAGAAUGGAUGCCCUGGAGCACAGUGGGAUGAUUCUGACUGACUGGCACUCUGAGGCCCCCGUGAGUGGAGGGAUCCUGGGGUAGGGUUGGAAGUGACAGCACUUCCUUCCCACGGUGGCUCGGGGAAGGACAGAUCUCCAGGGAAACUGCUUCCAGGUUCAUCCUGUGGCUACAUGCACAGGAGGUCUGGCUGACUUGCUUCUAGGUUUCACAGUUUGAUGAUUUCCGGAUCUUCUGGAGGUUAAACUCUGAGGAGUCCCAAGUAAGGACCCAGAGAUUGGGGUUCUGUCACUCCUGUCACCGUGGAGACAGUGAGAAAGAACCCCACAAAGUGUUUAUGGAGCACUUGCUGAACACACAGCAUUAGACACUGUGGACAAGAGAUAAGAGAGU